AUGGAUAUUGCAGGUUUCGGAAGAAGUCGUCAAUAUAAGAUUACAGCUCAAGAUCACGCCAUCGAUGAUCAGAGCCAAGUAAUUAAAACAGCUGAUCAUUGGGAAACUGAUCUUCCAAUUUGCGCCGAGAAAGCCGCUUCUCCACGCAAUGAGAUCAGGCUUGCAGCCCUCAAGUCAAUGAAUGAAAUUCUCUCUGAUACAUAUAUCGGAGAAGAUCUUGAACCACACAUUCAGCCAAUCUUUGAUUCAUUGCUUCAGCCAAUUACAGAGCCAGUAUCAAGACAAGAACAUGAUGAGGCUCUUUUGGUUAUGUGCAAUCUCGCAUUGAAUACUUAUGACUUGAUGCAAGAAGCCGCUUUCUCAUUCCUUAACGAGCUCAUGCCAAACCUUCCAGCUUUGACAGGUGAUCAAACUGCUCGCGCUUUCGCCAUCGCUUUCGUUACAGGCUUCUCUCUUCCAAACGCAGAGAGAUGUGAGAGCGUUCUCGCCAGAAUCCUCGAGCUCAUUGCUAACAAGAAGAAGAGAACAGUCAAGUUCGAGCCAGAAGUUGUUGUUGCUCUCAUCAACGCUACUGCUUUGUUACUUUCAAUUUUAUCUUCUACAGUUGCAGUUGGAAAGCUCGCCCAGAACCUUGCUGAUGCUUUGGAUGUUGCCCUCGAGUCAAAGAAGUCAAUUAUCCUCUGCGCAGCCCUCGAUUUGAUCCCAAUUAUUUACGAAUGCAUCAAAGAGGUCGAGGAGUUCUCAGACGAGCUCAAGGAGCAGUACAAUGCUGAUAGCAGACACUUUGCUGCCAAAUACCGCAAUAAGAUCGAAAAUCUCGAAGAGAAAGUCGACAAGAAACAAGAUCAGAAAACAAUCAGAACACAGGUUGCCAAGAUCAUCGAAUUCUUUGAUACGAACGAACUUACAGAGGAAAUCAUGCUUGCUGACCAGUCUGUCACCAUAGAAGGCGCAAGAAAAGUUUGCAUCGUCGAUGCAAUCAGGAAAGUCACUCGGCACCACUUCGCCUCACAGAUGACAGAGAAUACAGGCAUCCAUGAUGCUAUUGAGUUCGAGUUAAAGAACCAAUCUCUCAGACUUCACGAAAAGAAGAAACAAAAGAAGGAAACAGAGAGAGUAAGAGUCGUUUCUAAGAAAGAAAGACAAAUGGAUAUGGCUAAGAAGCGUAAGAUGAAAGAGGCAAAGAACUCUGAAGAAUAUUAA